GUUGCAGUACUGAUAGGCGGAGGUCUGUCCCCCGGGAGGCCGGGCUCGCCCUCCCGUAACGUUAAACCAAUUCCACUGAAUUUGUCGCAAAAUCUUCAGCAGAACCCAAACGAAGAGAAUAAGUUCAACAACAAGAACGACGACCAGAAGCUCAACGAAAUGUUCCGACUAAACAAUUCUGUGCUGACCGUCGACGGGGAGAAAUACUUAGCCCAAGACGUGGACCUCUCGUAUAUCGAUGAGUUGGGAUCGGGUUCUUGUGGGCACGUCGUGAAGAUGAGUCACAAGCCGUCCGGCAAAGUGGUGGCCGUGAAGCAAAUGCGGAGGAGUGGUAACAAAGAGGAGAACAAACGGAUUACAAUGGAUUUGGAUAUCCUACACGUACAGCAAAUGCGGAGGAGUGGUAACAAAGAGGAGAACAAACGGAUUACAAUGGAUUUGGAUAUCCUGUUGGCCUGCCACGACUGUCCGAAUAUAGUCCAAUGCUAUGGAUAUUUCAUAAAAGACACGGAAGUGUGGAUUUGUAUGGAACUCAUGACCACGUGUUUCGACAAACUGCUCAAGAAGUUCAAGCGUCCCAUUCCUGAACCCAUUUUAGGCAAAAUCUCUGUAGCCGUGAGUGUUGUGUCUCUAGAGUUUGCCUACCGUUGCACUCAAUUAACGGUCGAUUCCUAUGUUUUAUGUCCCGAACAGACAGUGAAAGCGUUGAAUUAUCUGAAGGACAUCCACGGAGUCAUUCACAGAGACGUGAAGCCAUCAAACAUUCUGAUCAAUGAGAACGGAGUGGUAAAGCUCUGCGACUUCGGCAUCAGUGGCCGUCUCGUCGACAGCAAAGCCAAGACCCGAUCGGCCGGUUGUGCCGCUUAUAUGGCGCCCGAGCGUAUCGAUCCGCCCGACUCUGCCAACCCUUCCUAUGAUAUC